AUGUUGGUAGAAUAUUCUUCCUAUAAUCUUUUACUUUAUCCAUUCGCUGUCUUUCUUAUUUUUAUUGAAAUUAUUCAACUUUGUAUUGAAGAAAUGUCCGUCACUAUCCCUCCGAAAGUAAUCGUACCAUCCCAUAAACCUUUGCCUGCCCUCCCCACGGAAAAUUCUUCUAAUGAAAUUAACAAUAAUAUUAAAAUUCUUUUAUCAUAUGUUCCUCCUUUACCUCGAGGUACAAAUGAUUUAGCAUUAGAUAAUAGUUCAUUAAGUCAUAUUCGGAAAAUCCUAAGACAAUGUUUAAGUAUUUGUGUUGUAGAUAGUGAUCCAUGGGAAUCUAUAAUAUUAGGAAUUAUAUUAGAUAUUGCAGAAACUGUACCGAAAGCUAUCAAGGCAAUAUAUGAAAAACAUGAAGAUUAUGUAGCUUCAAACAAUGAAGAAUUAAAUGAAAAAAAUGACGAAUUAAAUGAAAAAAGUGAAAAAAGUGAAAAAAAUGAAGAAUUAAAUGAAAAAAAUUAUUCAAAACAAAUUAAUAUUCAGAAACCUUUAGUAAAAUUUGUUAUUAAUUUUAAAAAGGAAGAUGGAAAACCGAGAUCGGAUAUAAGGUUGAUAGGUGGUACAAUUAUUUUAAAGGGCAAUAGACAUUAUAUUAAUAGAAUUGACAAGAUAUUGGAACUUAUGGUAUUCGUGGUGUGUAAUCUAAAAUUAGAAAUGUGUAUGUAUCGUGAUCAUUCAGUUUUACGUACUGGAAAUAAAGAUAUUCUUGAUGCUGAAGAAAUUCAAAAUACAUUAAGAAAUUCGAGACGUUCUUCAAAAUCUUCAUGGUUUGGAUGGUUAAUGAAAAAUAAUAACUUAUCUCGAAUCAAGGAACAUCCUAUCAAAAUUAUUGAUAAACAUGGAACUAUAUUAUCUAAACGAAAAUCUGGUACUCCUUCAGUUACUAAGGAAUCAUCUGAUGAAGAUGAAGACAUUAUAGUAUUAUCAAAAAAUAAGUUCGCCAAUGUAAUUACACAAAUGGAAAAUUCUAUUUUAUCAUCUUCCCCUGGAGUUAAAUUUCCGCCUCCACAUCUAUUAACACGUUUGAAAGAUGAAGAAACAGAAAUUAUUUCGCUAAAUGAUGGUGACGAGAGAUCAUUUAAGUCAUAUGUUUCAAAGGAUGUUCGAGAAUUAGCUAGAGCUUUGUCAAAUGAUUCAAAUACUAUAAAUUCCUUAGAAAAAUUUUGGUCACCAACUUCACCGGUUCCUUGCCAUAAUCAUGAAAUAAUAAGAAUGGAUUAUUAUAAUAAGACCAAUUGUCAUUCAGAUAAAAGUCUUGGUGAAAUGAUUGACGAUAUUUGUAAUAAAGCCAAUGAAACAUGUGAAGAACCAUCCUGCGAUCAUCCCGGAAAAGACCAUAUUACAACAUAUACUCAUAAUGAUGGAAGAAUAAGUAUUACGGUUGAAGAAUCCCCGGAUCAAAAAUUAAAAUAUUUUUCCAAUAAUAUCAUAAUGUGGACCCAAUGUAAACUAUGUUCUUCAAGGACUUCAUUAGUCCUGAUGUCAGAAUCCACCUAUUAUUAUUCCUUUGCCAAAUAUCUUGAAAUUCUAUUUUAUAAUGAAAAUUUUGCCUGCAAAGGUUUAUGUCAGCACGCCGAAUUGCGAGAUUCAUUGUUAAGAUGUUUUCGCCGUGGCGAUUUGGAGGUGAAAGUGGAAUAUGAACAUGUGGACCUUUUUGAAAUGCGCUUACCGAAGUUACAAAUAAAUCAUGACGCAAAUCAAGCUUAUUCUAGUUUAGGUGGUUCCGAAAAGUUAUUCACUAUUUGUGAUAAAGUUGCAGAUAUGUUAUAUAAUGAAACAAGGUUGGAAAUUACUAAUUUUUAUGGAAGUGUGAAACAAUUUAUAACUUUAUUGGAAGAGUAUUUCGAUAAUUUGCCAAAUAAAAAAUUGGGAAGUUCGAACGUAAACGAAAAUGAAAAAGAGAAAUCUGGAUAUGAUAAAUCAAUGGAAAAUCUUAAGUCACUUGAAGAACUCACUCAGAAUUUUCGCACGGAGGAAUUUGAAUUAUAUAAUAUGUUAAAGAAAACUAAAGUAACUGUUUUAAAUAAUGUACGACAAGCAUUUGUUGAGAGAAUUAGAGCAACCAAAAAGCGAUUGACACAAUGGAAUAAAGAUCAUAUUGAUCCUGUAGAUUUGGAAAGUAUUCCUAAAAUGGAGUGGGUUGAACCGGAAUAUGUAAAUGACAAUUGUCAUGUUUUCACUGGUUCGCCAAUUAUAAUAAGAGAAGAUGAACCAAGUUCUAUUAUAGCAUUUACAUUGAGUUCUCAAGAUUAUUUAAAUGAAUUGACUGCUAUUCGUUAUGGCGCUCUACCAAAAUCACAAUCAGCUCCGACAACUCCUUCGACGGAGCAUCGCCCUCCACAAUCUUCUUCUUCAUUUUCUACUCUCCUUAGCUCACUAAGAAAUCCAUCAUCGUCAAGCCUUAAUAAUAAAAAUCCAUCAUCGUCAAGCCUUAACAAUAAAAAAGAUUCCGAUUCAGAUAGUGUAGAUGGUGAUUCAUUUACUCUUGUUGAUGAAUAUUCAACAAAGAUAAAACGAAAAUGGGUUAAUGUAAAAGAUAAUGGAUUUAUAACUCAUGGGAUUGAGACAACACUUGGAUCAAUGAAAGCCUUCAAUAUUUCAUCUUUGAGUAGCAAAGAAAAGAAAAAAGAUCAUGACAAAGAUUCCGAAAAAACUAAUCCAUCACGUAGUGGAAAGUUUGCAGGAUUAUUUGGUAUGAAUAAUGUAGAAUUUGAAAACCACAAGGAAAAAGAUAAUAAGGAAAAUGAAGGGAAGGAGAAUGAAAAACAAAAAAUAUUUAAUGAGAAACAAGAAUAUAAUGAGAAAAAGUCAGAACCUCCUCGGGCUACUAUAGAAAUUAAUGGACAUAAAUUAAAUGAUGAUGAGUCAUCUGUUCACAAUACAUUUCGUGAAAGUAUUGGUUGGAGCAGAAAAAAUAGUCAAAAGGAUAAGGAAAGAACCAGUCCUCAUAUUAAAUAUGAUGCCGUUCAUAGAAACAAACGAUUUACAUGCACUGUUUACUUCGCAUCAGAAUUUGAUUCUUUGCGACGUCGAUGUGGAAUUGAAGAUCUUUGUAUUGAUUCUUUAUCAAGAUGUUCUCCAUGGCAAACAACAGGAGGCAAAAGUGCUAGUACAUUUCUUAAGACACAAGAUAAUCGUUUGGUUAUAAAGCAAAUGGUAUCAUCAUGGAGAAUUGCAGAGAAAGAAGGAUUUUUAAAAAUUGCGCCAAAGUAUUUCGAAUACAUGAACAAACGUCCAAAUAUGCCUUCUGUACUUGCAAAGAUUUUCGGUUUUUACACCAUAAAAAUUAAAGAUCUUAAAAAUAAUGUUCUAAAAAUGGAUGUUCUUGUCAUGGAACAUUUGUUCUUUGAAAAAACCAUAACUUCGAAAUUUGAUCUAAAAGGAAUUCAGGAACGUCAUAUUAGAGAUCAGACAAAGAAAGAUGAUGUCACAUUAUGGGAUGGAGAUUGGGUAGAAGGUCGAUAUAAAUCUCGUUUACUGAUAUAUUCACAUUCCAAAAAACUUUUAAAGGAGGCUUUGGAUAAUGACACACAAUUCUUGUGUGAUGCUAAUAUCAUGGAUUAUUCAUUAUUAGUUGGGGUUGAUGAUGAAAAGAAAGAAUUGAUCGUUGGUAUUGUUGAUUUCAUUGGUGCUUACACGUUAUAUAAAAGGAUUGAAAACAGGGGUAAAACUCUUAGUCGAAAUGCUAAAGAUGUUACAGUACUACCCCCAGAUCAAUAUAAAGAAAGAUUUAGAGAUUCAAUGGACCAAUACUUUUUACAAAUACCAGGUUUCUAUUAUAAUUUACUUCAUAAAAUGUACGUUGAGACAGUCUACGCAACUCAUACUUUUCGAGCGGAACAUGGUGAUGAAGUAAAUUUUCAAUAUGGGGAACCCAUUAUAGUAUUAGAAAAGGACGAAAUGUACGGGGAUGGCUGGUGGCAGGGACAAAACAUCCACGGACAGAUCGGUCUUUUCCCUAUGAAUUAUACUAGUUACGAUAAACCUCCUCCAAUUAAUCCUAAUACUAACGACAUAACGUCGGCGGCGGCAGAUAAUCAUCAUUUUAAUUCAACCACAAAUAAUAUUGAUGACGUAAAGGAAAACGAAACUCCAACUAAUACGAUUAAUUCAAUUGGUACAAUUAGUGGUUUACAGAAUAAAUUACAUAAAUUAGUUACAAAGAAGAAGUCGGAAGCAAAACUUAAUAAAUUAAGCGUUGUAAAUAAUAAAUCAAAUAUUUCGGAAAUAAAAAAAGAAACAACGCCACAGAUAAUAGUUCAACCACAAAGUAAUAGAGAAUCCAUUUCUUCUACCAUAAUUAAUGAUAGUGAAGAUUUAAAUAAAAAUAAUUUAAAUAAUUUAAGUAAUAAAAUUUCACCUCAACCGUCAUCGUCGAUAGAGAAGGGAUCGAAAGUAGAUAGUACAAAUACACUUGAUUCUACAUCGAAAUUCAAUAAUCAUUUUAAUAAUUGGCACCCUUCGACAUGGAACAUGGAACAAGUUUGUCAAUGGUUAAAGGAGAAAGGCUUGGAGUCAGUCAUGGAUCAAUUUGUCGAAAAUGACAUCACAGGUGAUGUCUUAAUCGGCUUAAAUUUAGAAUCCCUAAAGGAAUUGAAUAUAAUGUCAUAUGGAAAACGAGUUCAUAUAAUAAACGCAAUAGAAUCUCUUAAAAAUGAUCAUUCUUUGAAUAAAGAAGAAAAUAAUUACAAUCAAACUCUUAAAGUAAAGGUAAAUGAUGAAAAUGUAUUUUAUAACGACUUUGAAUCUUCACGGAGUUCCCAAACGCCUACCAUUAACAAAUCCAACACAGAUAAUUCUCAAUAUUCAAAUGAACGUAGUUCAGAAGGUGAAAAGCCAAUGAACCGAAGAACGCUUUCCAAAAAAGGCAGCAAGAUAUUUUCGAGAUUAACUUUUUCGAAUAAAAAUGACAGAGAGGAAAAGGAAGAGAGAAUUUCUCAUAGUUUAUCACUUAGAGUUAAAAAUUCACCAAUAAAGAAAGAAAAACUUCGAUUGCAAUCAAAUGGUGGAUGGGAUUUCUUGAUGGAAGAAGAAAAUGAAAUGGAUUUAAAAUCAAGAUUAGAAAAAAAGUCGAAAAAGAAGGAUCUAAGAAUUAUAACACCAAAAAAUUCGAAUCCAUUAUUAAAUUCUUCAAAUCUUGAUAACAAGAAUGAUUCUGAAUAUAGAAAUUUUUAUUAUGAGCAUCCCGUUGAUGAAUUUAUUAAUGAAGAAGAAGAAAUUAUUGACUUAAAAACACCUGACUACGAAGGUUGGCUUAAGAAACAAGGGGAUAAAUACAAGUCAUGGAAAAAUCGAUAUUGCAUAUUAAAAGGGGUUAAUUUAUUCUAUCUUAGAAGUGAUAAGAAUAAAAAAAAUCCUCAAAUUAAAGGUCAUUUAAAUCUCACUGGAUAUCGUAUUGUGCCGGAUGAGAACAUAUUACAGGGAAAAUAUGGAUUUAAAUUGAUUCAUGAUACUGAACGAACUUAUUAUUUUGCACAUGAUGAUUUAAAUAAAAUGAGAGAUUGGAUGAAAGCUAUGAUGAAAGCUACAAUAUCAAGAGACGUUAAAACACCUGUAGUUUCAUCAAGUAAUAUGGCAACUAUGCCUCUUUCUGAGGCUCGUCAAAGAAUCCGUUCACCAACAUUUGCCGACACUGAUUCAUUAUUAUUUAAUGAAAUAAAUAGCCCUCCAACACCUGUUUCCAGAUCAACAUCACCAAUUUCAACUAGAUCUGCAUCUCCUCGCUUUACUAUCAAUCAACAACUUUCUUUUCCAUCAAUGAUUAAUCGAUCCGUAUCGCCAUCACCUAAUCCUCAAAAUUUUUAG